CAGUAGCUUUCUUUUCUCCCAAAGAAAUCUGCGGAAAUAAAUAAAAAUUCGGAAGGGCAAAAAUGUCAAUAAAAAACGAAACGAAACAUAUGAAGGGCCGAGAAAGCUACAGAAAGCUAAGAAAGAAACCCUGAUUAUCGAGUUCUGUGAGAUCUGCAAAAAUAAAACUCCGAGAGAGAGAGAAAGAGAGAGGGGGCCUGUGAGCGAGAGAGAGAGAAGUGAAAAAUAAAUAAAUAGAAAUAGAAAAGCUUAAGAUCUAAUAUAAAAGCCUGCCUUUAUUAUGUCUGCGUGUCUAUCUAACUAUCUUUGAAUAUGAGGAUUCGCAAGAACGCGAAGCUCUCUUCUGUAUUGUAUUCACACGCUUCAACAUCAGAGCGUCUGCAGACACACGUGUGCCAGCUGAACCAGUCGCCAUGGGAUGUGAUUUCAUUCUCUCCAGAGAACUACCCAUCUUUCUAUCCCCAGGUGAGUUGCUCGAAGGAGAAGAUAGCUUUACAGGAAAUGGGAGCUUUGGUGACUCUAUUGGCGCUGUUGAGAGCGUGGCUUCUAUGAUGGACGGAGAAGAGAAGGCAGUGAAGCUCAAAGUCGAAGAAAUGAUAAUUGACAAUAACGAAAUGGAAGAUAAUAAAGAUACGAAAAUGGAAGGUGAAUUUGGGUUCGAGAAAAAAUUCAAAACGUUGUAUUGUAACAAAACUGACGGCAAGGGCUGGCAAUGCAGAAAUGAAGCCAAAGCUGGGCACACCAUGUGCGACCAUCACUUAUCGUUAAUCAAAUCAUACGGCAAUGACAUAUCUUCUUCUUCUUUUACAAAGAAAUCCGAUAAGGGAAUAGCAGUUCGUCGAGGCCGAGCUCGAGCCAAAAAGGGUUCGUCAUCGUCGUCCAAUCCAUAUGAAUUUUACUACUAUUCUGGGUUUGGGCCGUUGUGGGGCAAGAGGAGAGGUGUUGAUAAAAUAAACGAGGGAAAAAAGUUUGAAGAUGGAGAUGUUGAGGACAUGAAUAAGGACGAGAAAACGCCGUCUUCUUCUCAAAUCGAAGAUUUUGAAUUUGUAGAUGAUGAAGACGAUGAUGAUGACGAGAAUGGAGAUAGUCGAAAGAAAAGAAUAAGAAAACCAGUGAAAGCAAGAUCGUUGAAGUCUCUUAUGUAGAUGAAAUGGGAAAACUGAUGUUUUUUUUGUUUUUUGUUUUAAUAUUUAAUCGGUUGAAAUUAAAAUUAUGGGUGUUUAAUUUUAUUUUUUUAACUCGGGGUAACUUUUUUAGGGUUAAUGGAUUUUUACAAGUUUUUUGACCGGUGGUGAGAUUAGCAUCUCUCGAUCAACAUGGCGGUAGGAGGAUGUCUACUGUGUGAUUCCACUGGACCCAAGGAAUUGUAUUAAUCACUGUUUUUAAUAGCAAGGGUGUUUUUGUAA